AUGAACAUUGAGAUUAUUCCAUUCAUCAUUGGUAUUUUAAUUAUUACAUUAUUCAAUGGAUUAUAUUUGUGUAAUGAAUGGAAACAUGUAAAUAAUCAAUUAUCUAUGCCGUAUAAUCCUUGUCAACCGAAUCCAUGCCAAAACAGUGCUAAAUGUGUAAAUAUUCAAGAUUGGAGUAGAACAACAUCAUUGAAGAAAUUCAACACUUUGUCAGACUAUUACUGUGUAUAUAUUGAUGAUUGUGUUAUUCAUCCUUGUUUAAAUGGCGGUAUUUGUGAAAAUAAACCAAAUAUGAGAUUUUAUUGCCAUUGUCCAACAGGAUAUGUUGGUCAGACUUGUGAAUAUAGAGAUCCAUGUCAACUUAACCCUUGUUUAAAUGGUGGAACAUGUCAAUCUGAUCCAUUUGGUCAGUUUACUUGCAUUUGUCCUCAUUGGUACAAUGGAAUACGCUGUGAACAAGAAAUUAACCCAUGCUAUCCUACAUCUCCGUGUUUGGGGGAGAAGUCAGUUUGUCAUUUAUUGACUUCAAAGAAUAGAACAGUUUCAGGACCAUCGUAUUCUAUUCAUAAGUCAGAGUAUAUUGUAGAUUUUCUAUGCGAAUGUGACCUUAAUUAUUUUGGUCGUUAUUGUGAUAAGAAGCGAAAUUCAUGCAAGUUUCAUAAUUGUAAAAAUGGUGCAACUUGUUUACAAAAUAACGAUCAUUUUGUUUGUCUGUGUCCUUUAGGAUUUACAGGACCAAUCUGUAAUACACCUACAAAUAGAACUAAAUAUAUUUCUUCUAAUAUAAAUACUUUAAUUCAUAAUCAAUCAAUAAAUAUGAAUAUAUUCAAUAAGAAUCUAACAAAUAAUCUAGAAUUAUUCAAUGAUUAUUGUUAUCAAAUUGGAUGUAAUAAAGCAAAAAUUGGUGAUAAUAUAUGUCAAGCAAAUUGUAUCUAUGCAAAUUGUAUAAAUAUAAAAGAUGAAUUAGAAAAUGAUUGUCAAUAUUGGAUUAAUUGUUUACAAACAACACAAUAUAUUAUAAAUGAUAAUAAUAAUAAUAAUAAUGAUUAUAUUCAAACAACAUGCGUUGAACAAUUUAAAAAUGGUAAAUGUCAAUCUGAAUGUAAUAGAAAUGAAUGUUAUUUGGAUGGUUUUGAUUGUUAUGAUAAUAUAUCGCAGUGUAUGCCAUUUGAAUUCUGUUUACAGUCAUAUGGAGAUGGUGUUUGUCAAUCCCAAUGUAAUACCAUUCAAUGUGGUUAUGAUGGAGGAGAUUGUGAAAAUGAACAAAGAAACUAUUAUUUAUCAGUCAAGUAUAUUUUACUUCAUCUGAAAACAAAUCAAUCAGAAUUUAAGUUGAAUCGUAAUCAGUAUCUGGGAAAUCUAGGUAUAAUUCUUCGGUCUAUUGUUAGGAUUGCAAAGGAUAACACUACUAAAGAACUUUUAUUAGAAGAUAUUCCUAGUAAAAAUCAAAUUAAAGUGCUACUUGAAGUCAUCAGUCAAUCAAAUAUUAACUGCAAAACAACUGAGGGAAAUAUGUGUACCAACGAUAGUGUUCGAUUACUUCAACCAAACGAACUUAAAACUUAUAUUCUUGCCGCAUUAAGUACAAAUCAGUACAAAUCACUUUUUAGUAUAAUCAACUUAAAUUUUGUUGAUUCACCAAGUCACUCACAUUUUAAAGCACCAUGGGAAUUAGAAUCUUCAACUGAUACAGGAAUAUCAAAAGAAGCUAUUGGAUUAUACGUUUGUAUAUGCAUUUUAGCUGGAAUAAUUAUUAUAUUAAUUUUAUUCUUGGUAUUUCAACAUGAUAAUAACUGGCGAAAACCAUUGAAACGUGUAAAAACGAAAGGUAUCUGGUGUCCACCUGUAUCAUCGAUUUAUUCUAAACCUAAUCAAAUGGAUUUAUUAGGACAACAAUCUUCAGUUUAUUUCACAGGAUUUAAAUCAGUUGUAGGAGUUACAGAACCACCUUUAACAACAAUGACAAUAAAUGAAUCAAAAUAUUUUGACAAUAAAUUUAAACAAACUCCAUCAGCUUCAUCAUUUUUCCAAGAUUACUUGAAUUCUUCAACUGCUAAUGAGAAGGAUACAUUUCCUUUGUCAAAUGUCCCAAAGUACAAUCAUGAAGAAAUGAUUACUGGAUUCCUCUCAGAUAAAGUUCCUGGAACAGAUGACUAUUCGCCAAAUUGCAAAAAGAAACGUUUUACUCAAAAUGAAAUGAUAUCAGAUAUGUUACCUAAUAGUGCAAAUUUGUUUAUUGCUCCCAAGUAUUUGGGAAAUUUAUUCAAUGAAGAUACAGGAAACUUUCAGCCUUUCGGAGAAGAGGAAAAGCACAAACAAGGCAAGCGUAAAUUUGAUUUGGAAGACAAAUAUGAUUCACUUUUGCCUCAGGAAAAUUUAAAAACCACUAUUAAUGAAAGUUUAAAUUUAGAUAGUACUUAUAACAAGAAAGAGAAGAUAAAGGCCAUGGGAUCUGAUAACAAAGAAGUUUUUAAAAUAAUUUCAUCAUUAGAUGGUCUACACCCAUGUAAUGUCACUCAGAGAAGUCAAAUUGAACAAGUUUUAGAUGAUAAUAAUGAUCAAAAUAAAGGUGUAGAAAUGUCAUCAAACAAUCAUAGUACUGAAGAUUAUUUGGAUGAUGAUCUAUCAAAGAACGUUGUUGGACAUGACAUAAUUAAUAAAAUCUUUCAUAAUGAACAUAAUCAAAGACCUCUUGGUACUUUAUAUGUUGAUUCAUUUGGCAGAACAGCUUUGACUGGAGCGGCUGCUGCUAAUUCUUUAGAAUCAGUCAAGUCGUUAUACCAGCUUGAAAAAGAGGCUCUACUAAAUAAAAAAUCAGUAAAAUCUGUCAAGUCACAUCAAAUUGCUGCACCAAAACCAACAUGUCGUUCAAGAAGACGUUAUCAAGUUUAUGAAUCUCGACAGUGUUCACCUAUAAUUGUUGCUAUUCAAGCAGGGAAUGAUGAAGUAGUAAAGUGUUUAUUAGACGAAGGUUGUCCUUACAACACUGUUGACCAGUAUGGUCGUAACGUUGUACAUUGGGCGGCAGUAACUAAUUCUGUUAAAAUAUUAGCUCAUUUAGCACAGUGUAAAGGUUUUGCUAGAUUAAUGAAUAUGAAGGACGACUGGGAUAGAACACCUAUCAUGUUAGCUAUACGUGAAGGUUGUCAGGAAGCUGUUGAGUUCCUACUAGACAAACAAGCCAAAGUUGAAAUCAUUGACUGUAUGGAGAAUGAUUGUUUAUCACUAUGUAUAGAAAAAGGUUAUAAAAGAAUACAUGAAAUACUUAUAAAUUAUAUCAGAUCAAGAAACUCAGAUACAAAGUCGCUAACACGUGAUAAGACAGUGAAUGUUUUUAAAGAGAAUCCAGACGUAAGUAAACAAGAACUGUUACCGAUGUUACAAUCUACACCAUCUAUGGUACCGGUUACGACAGUGAUGACAACUACGCCAGUACGACAUUCAGCAGAGAACAUUUGUCGUAUGAAUGAAUUUGACUGGGUAAGUUUAAGUGAUGAUCAAGUUUCAGAAGACUAUAGUGAGUGUGAUCAAUUCACAGAAGAUAUGACUAAAGAUUUUAAUUGA